ACCAGUUUAAGUGGGCUAAGCAGAGUAUACAGAUCCCCGUGAGGGAUAAAGGACGAUGAUAUUGGUACUAUUAACCGCCUUCGUAGCGGUAUGUGGGACAGGAAGGAUAGAUGCAAGCUUCCUGCCACCAAUAUCAGCUAGAUUCGGUGGAAGUAGCUCUGGCGGCCUACAAGCUUCCCUCGAUGGAUCCGCCCAUGGGGCUGCUGGACUACCCACUGGUAGCUUCACAAAUGAUGUCCAAGGAGUAGUGGUAGAUGCAGCAAAUCCUGGAACCAGAACUUCAGGUGCUGAACCUUCUGGUUUAGGAGGGCCAAGAGCCUCAUAUGGGUCAACAAACUCUAAAGUAGGAGAGGCUGCAUUCACAGGAUCUGUUGCAGGACCUCUUACAAGAAUAGCGCCUGGGUUUGGUUCCAUUAUAGGAUUAGAGGAUUCUGAGAAAAUAAGUGGCAAUGCACUGAAGAUUGCCAGUAAUGUUGCAUUGGAUAACUACAGUUAUGGAUUUGAGACUGAUAAUGGAAUAUCUGUUGCCGAAAACGGUGUUGCUAAGGAUGGUGUCAAAGCUGCGGGCCAUGUCGAAAAUGGCUCAUACGAGGCUAAGAAACACGAGGAAGGUGGUUCAAACGAUGGAGUCGCAAUUGGAGGUGCAACGUCUAGUGGAGUUUACGCCAGUCAGGGUAAUCAAGCGCAAAGACCUACCUCUGGUAUACUUGUUGGAACUUAUAAUGCUGCUUCCAAUCUAGGACACUCUUCUCACGACAGUAAUAAAGGUCAUAAUGGAGCUCAAAGUUUAGGAAUUUCGGGAAGUAGCCUGUCUUUCGGAAGCCACUCCAGUCAUUCUGGUUCUGUCCAGAACGAACAAGGUUUAGUUAGUUCUCAAGGUGCCCAAGUAGUUUCAUCUCAAUCGACUGAAAAUAGAUUUGGUGAAGAUUCAAAGAAGUCUGAGGGUUCUUAUUCUCACACUAGUUUUGGAAGUGGGUCUUUAAUCAAAACACCUAGCUUCCAUGAAUUAUCUGACUCAUCAAGUGGAAACACUGCUUAUAGUUCAGCUGUUGUGAGUGGAUCUGGUAGCGCCAGUGCUUUUGCUUCCACUGGUUCUUCAGGUUUUGGAUUGAAAAAUGAAAACGUUCCAUCCGCGAACUUUGGGCUAGCUAGCCAGCAUGCACAUGGUUCAAAAUCUGAUUCAACAAUAGGUGCAUCGUUAUCUGCUCCUGCUACUGCCUCAGCAUCAGCACCGGUUUCAGGUAGUCAAAAAGAACAACAAAGUUUAUCUCAAAAUGUAGAUUCGUCAGUACAGUCAGUUCAUGAAUCAGGUGCAAUUUCUCACAAACCAAGUUCCCCUAUACCAAUCUCCACUAUCGACCUAGAAGUAAACCAGCCUUCGAGCGCUUCUGCAUCUGCUUCUGUUUCUGGAAGUCAGUUUAGUUCAACUCAAUCAAACGGCAAGAAAUCUGACUCUGAUUCAUUUUUAAAUAGAUUUGGAGAAGGCCAACAGUCUGGUAUUGGAUCGUCUGAUAAACUCAGCCAAAGUUCGAAACCAGAUAGUUUGGUUUCAUCUUCUGCGAAUAUCCAACCAUUAAAUCAGCUAUCUGGAUCUUCUAGCUUUGGAAUUUCUUCUCAACAAUCUGCAAUCCAAUCAGAAACCAGUGGCAAAAUUCCAUCUUCAUCAAGUGAGGCGUUUGUUUCUGGUGUUCAGCCAACCCAACCCACUCUAGGUUUCCUAAGUAGCCAAGGUCCGACAAAAGUACCCGACACUGAAUUGUCAACACCAUUUGAAUCAAGUGGUCAUAUUGAUGUCCACUAUCAGUCAUCAAACCAGGUGUCACCAACUCCCGCUGUAUCCACUCAAGCUGGGCCUAUUGAUCCCACAAUUACACAAGAACAAGGAGCUGACUACUCAUACUUCUACAGGCAACCUUCUAAACCUUUUAUUACUCCACCUAAAAGUACUAGCUUUGGUACGGCAAUCCCUGUGAGCGUAUUAACUGACAGCCACAGCUCCUCCUCUUACAGUGGUAUUACUCAAGCAGCUGCGUCUCCUUUCACUUCUGGUUCCACUUCCACAUCUACACGAUUUGGUACUCAAUCUAGUCAAGUUGAUUCCAAGCCUUCAGUUGGAUCUUCAGUAUCUAGUCAGCAAAGUUCUAUCGGAUUUGGAUUAACUGGGUCUAGCAUUGGUCAGAAACCAACUAUUCAAAGUCAGACACAAUUCAGUCAAUCAUCUGUCAGUCAAACUUCUGAUAGCGCGCUGUCACCAACACAACAAUAUCAAGGUACAAUUUACCAAUACAAUAAGCCUGCUGUACCUUUAUCUGCACAAGAUAACAAAAUUUCUUCCAACGUUGGUCAGUCAACUAUAUCUCAAACCAAACCAAGCCAAAUAUCAACUGAUUCCAAAUUUGGUUCUCAGCAAAUCUCAUAUCAAUCGAGCAGUCAGUCUUCAUCUGGACAUAUAGUUGGCCAAAAACCAACCGGUAUUACUCAAUCGGUAACGUACACCCAACAAACAGUACCAAGUAUUAGUGAAACUUCGUUUGUCCAGAAACCAGUUGUUAGUUCACAAGUAAGCUCAGUUGGUUUGAAGCCACAAACAAGUCAGGGUUCUAGUUUUACAUCUAACACUUACUCUGUAUUUGGAACCAAACCAAGCAACUCUCCAGUUGGUUCAGUUCAAACGCAAUUUGGAUCAACUGAGUCUCGAUUCGGGCAAAGUUCUCAGUCUAACGUAGGUAGUAGCGUGGGUGUUGGUUCCACAACCGCUAAACCCUUUAGUUCUACAUAUCAACAAGUUCAAUUUGGAUCAUCUGGCUCUCAAUUUGGUAUAAAACCACAAACAAGUCAGGGUUCCAGUUUUACUUAUUCCCAAAGCCAGGUGUCUAAUAAGAAACCUUCUUAUACUUUUAGUUCGCAGUUUGGUCAAAGUUCUCAGAAAAACCAAGGUUCCAGUUUAUUAUCAACAUCUAAUGUGAAACCUACUUACCAACAAACCCAAUUUGGAUCUAGUGGAUCACUGUCCAGUCUUGGACAAACAACUCAGUUUGGCAGUAAACCCAUUAGCACUCAGUAUGGGUCAACUGUCUCCCAAUUUGGACAAAACACUCAAUCACUGCAAAGUUCUGGUUUGGUUUCUACAACUGCAAAGCCAUUCACCCAAAAACCCUUCGGUUCAUCAUACCAACAAGUUCAGUUCGGUUCUACUAGUACUCAAUUUGGUUCCAAGCCACAGACCACUCAAGGUUUAAGUUUUACUUCAAAUACGUACACUCAAAGUCAAUCGUCUCAGUUUGGAAAGAAACCCAGUACCAUAGUGCAGACAACUUUCCAGCAAUCUCAGGUUAGUCAAAAUAAGGAUUCCGUGAUAUCUUCAACUACCGUUAAACCUUCAUUCAGCCAGAAACCUUUUGGAUCUUCAAACCAACAAACUCAAUUUGGAUUAUCUGGUUCACAGUUCACUCAGAGCCAGUCCAACAAAGGAAAUGUGGUUUCUACGACCUCUAAACCGGUAUAUAGCCAGACUUCUUUCGGUUUAUCAUCCCAACAGGGCCAAUCUGGAUCUGGUUUCCAAUUCGGACAGAAUUCCAAUGGCAAUAAGGGUUCAAACAUUGUUUCUUCUACAUCCAAGCCAAUAUUCAGCCAGACCUCUUUUGGUGUUACAUCUCAACAAUUUGGAUCAAGUGGUUCUCAAUUUGGUGUCGGCUCCCAAUCAAACAAAGGCUCAAAUGUGGUUUCUUCUUCAUACAAACCAACAAUUAGCCAGACAACUUCCCAACAGUUUGGUUCUCAAUUUGGAAGCGGUUCACAAUCGAACAAAGGCUCAAGUGUGGUUCCGUCUGCGUACAAGCCGACCUUCAGCCAAACAUCUUUCGGUUCAUCUUCCCAACAGAGCCAAUCUGGAUCUACCGGCUUCCAGUUAGGGCAAAAUUCCCAAAACAAUAAAGGUUCAAGCGUUGUUUCAACUACCUCUACAGCUAAACCUGUGUUUAGUCAAACAUCUUUCGGCUCCACAUCCCAGCAGUUUGGAUUAAGUGGUUCUCAAUUUGGUAGCGGUUCACAAGCAAACAAAGGCUCAAGUGUAGUUUCUUCUGCGUACAAGCCGACCUUCAGUCAGACAUCUUUCGGUUCAUUGUCCCAACAGAGCCAAUCUGGAUCUACUGGCUUCCAGUUUGGGCAAAAUUCCCAAAACAACAAAGGUUCAAGCGUUGUUUCAACUACCUCUACAGCUAAACCAGUGCUUAGUCAAACAUCUUUCGGCUCCACAUCCCAGCAGUUUGGAUUAAGUGGUUCUCAAUUUGGUAGCGGUUCACAGGCAAACAAAGGCUCAAGUGUAGUUUCUUCUGCGUACAAGCCGACCUUCAGUCAGACAUCUUUCGGUUCAUCUUCUCAACAGAGCCAAUCUGGAUCCACUGGCUUCCAGUUUGGGCAAAAUUCCCAAAACAACAAAGGUUCAAAUGUUGUUUCAACAACAGCUAAACCAGUGUUUAGUCAAACAUCUUUCGGUGUCACAUCUCAACAGUUUGGAUCAAGUGGUUCCCUACUGAACAAGGGUGUCGUAUCAUCUACAUCUAAACCGAUAGUUAGUCAAUCUUCUUUCGGCUCUGGUUCACAACAGUUUGUAUCAAGUGGUUCUCAAUUUGGCAUUGGUUCCCAACAGAACAAAGGUUCAAGCGUUGUUUCAACAACAGCUAAACCAGUAUUCAGCCAGACAUCCUUAGGUGUCACAUCUCAACAGUUUGGAUCCAGUGGUUCUCAAUUCGGUGUCGGCUCACAAUCAAACAAAGGAUCAAGUGUUGUUUCAUCUUCAUACAAACCAACCUUUAGCCAGACAUCCUUCGGCUUUGGAUCUCAACAAUCUGGAUCAAGUGGUUCUCAACUAAAUAAGGGUGUCGUAUCAUCUACCUCUAAACCGGUAGUCGGUCAGACAUCUUAUGGUUCCACUUCGCAGCAAACGCAGUUUGGAUCCAGCAGUUCUCAAUUCGGAAUCGGCUCACAAUCAAACAAAGGGUCAAGUAUAGUUUCUUCUACGUAUAAACCAAGCUACAGUCAGACCUCCUUUGGUUCCGGAUCGCAACAAUCUGGAUUAAGUGGUUCUCAGUUUGGAGUUGGUACUCAGCUAAACCAAGGCGUCGUGUCGACUACCGCUAAGCCGAUAGUUGCCCAAACCUCUUUCGGUUCCCAACAAUUUGGAGCAAGUGGUUCUCAAUUCGGCUCUCAACUAAACAAAGGGUCAAAUGUGGUUUCUUCUUCACAACAAACACAGUUUGGAUCCAUUGGUUCUCAAUUUGGAGUAGGUUCUCAACUGAACAAAGGUUCAAAUGUGGUAUCUUCUUACAAACCAACAUUUAGCCAGACAUCUUUCGGUUCCACAUCUCAACAGUUUGGAUCAUCUGGUUCACAGCUAAGCAACGGUGUCGUGUCGACGACUUCUAAACCAAUAGUUGCUCAAACAUCUUUCGGGGCCGGUACCCAACAAUUUGGUUCAAGUGGUUCUCAAUUUGGUAUCGGUUCUCAACAGAAUAAAGGUUCAAAUGUGGUUUCAUCUACGUACAAACCGACAUUUAGCCAGACAUCCUUCGCUUUUGGAUCUCAACAAUCUGGAUCAAGUGGUUCUCAAUUAAACAACGGCAUCGUAUCGACCACCUCCAAACCGAUAGUCAGCCAGACAUCUUUCGGUUCCGGAUCACAACAAACACAGUUUGGAUCAAGUGGCUCUCAAUUCGGUCUUAACUCUCAGUUAAACAAAGGUUCCAAUGUGGUUUCAUCGACGUACAAGCCAAUAGUUAGCCAGACGUCUUUCGGUUCCACAUCCCAACAGUUUGGAUCAGCUGGUUCUCAACUAAACAACGGCAUCGUAUCGACCACUUCCAAACCAAUUGGCAGUCAGACAUCAUUUGGUUCUGGAUAUCAACAAUUUGGAUCAAGUGGCUCUCAAUUCGGAGUAGGGUCUCAGCUAAAUAAAGAUUCUAAUGUGGUCUCCAUAACAUCGAAACCAAUAAUUACUCAGACAUCUUUCGGUUCUACAUCUCAACAGUUUGGAUCAACUGGUUCCCAAAUCGGUUUUGGUUCUCAAUCGAACAAAGGUUCUAAUGUGGUCUCAACUAUAUCAAAACCAACGUUCGGUCAAGUAUCGUCUGGUUCCACUUCGCAAGGUAGUCAAAUCGGAUCGUCUAGCUUCCAAUUUGGUCAAAACUCACAAGUAAAUAAAGGUUCAGGUCUAGUAUCUUCAGUAUCAAAGCCAUCAUUGGUCCAAACAUCUUUUGGAUCCACUGGUACACAAUACGGUUUCAGUUCUCAACAGAAUCAAUAUUCUGGUGUUGUCUCUACUACAUCCAAACCAAUAAUUGGAUCUUCUCAACAAACACAACUUAACCAGAAACCCUCCGGCAACACACAGACUGGUUCAUCAUUCCAACUAUCACAAAUUGAAUCAACUGAUUCUCGGUUUGGUGAGAAACCAGAAACUAUAGUUUCAACUGUAAUUUCUUCUGUACAGAAACCAUCGGUUUCAACUCAGAGUGGUUCUUUCGUCCAGUCACAAUCACAAUCUGAAUCAUCUGGAUAUCAGUUUGGUGUGAAACCACAGUCACUUGAAGGUCAAGCUGUGCAAACAUCACAGUUUGGAUUAUCAGCUCAAAAUGUAGAAUCUAACGCUCAAGUGGGAUCUGUAAGCGGUUUACAAUAUACUCAACAAGGUAUUGUAGGUUUAAGCGCUGGCUCAGGUUCUGAAUCAGACAAAAAAUCUGAAUCAUCUUCGGGGUCUGGCAUUAACUUCCAGCAAACUCAAAGUUCAGUUUCUUCUGGAUCCCAAUUUGGGCAAUCGUCACAAACAAGCCAAGGUUCUAUUUCUCAGGCCCAGCCGCUACAAACUAUCCAAUUUGGAAUAAAACCUGUUGGAAGUUCACAAUUUUCUUCGACUGAAUCUCGUUUUGGUCAGAAUUCACAAGUUAAUGUUCCAGGUGUAACCACUGUUUCUCAGAUCGCACAGCCUGUACAAGAUGGUCAAAAGCCGUUCGGUACAUCAAGUGGACACUUUGGAAUCAAGCCUCAAUCUCAGUCUAGUGCAUUUGCUUCAAGUGGUAACGUAGUACCAUUCGGUAUUUCACAAGUAGGACAAGUUUCUAAAUAUCAACAAACUUCUCAAUUCGGACAGUCAGCUGUUACUACCCAAAAACCAUUUUUAAGUUCUUUUUCACAGAAUUUUGACAAAUUUAGCAGUCAGUUUGGUCAAACUGUUCAAUCUAAUGUUGGUAGUGGACAAUUUGGACAGGCACAGAAGCCUUUUGGAUCUCAAUUGACUCAAACAAUUUACCAACAGGCACAAUCCGUCCAGGGUAAGAAGCCUACUGACAGUUCUCAGAGCUCAUCAUUCCAAGUUGGUCAGGCUAUUGUAAACCAGCCUGUUAAAACUGUACAGACCGUACAGAGUGUAGCCGGUCAGUCCACUCAAGGUUCUCUUGGCAAUGCUCAGUCUAGUAUCUACAACUAUCAGAAACCACAACCCAUUGUAACUGCCUUAUUUGGAGGUGAACAAGGUCAAAAAGUACAGGAAGCGCAAGACAAUUUUAACUCGGUUGUCUCUACAGCGCAGACUCCAAUCAGUGGCGAACCACUCAGUGCUCUCAGUGUCUCAACUCAGGAAUCGUCAGAAUCUAACGUAGGAUCUUCUCAAUUCGUUGUACAACCUACUAAAGCAGCUGAAAUUAGUGGUCCAAUUGUUCAGACUGCUUAUAACCAAUUGAGUGGCCAACCUUUCAAACCGGUAUCUUCACAGAGUUCUAUCGCCCAAAGUCAGAGCUCUGCGGUUUCCACUUCUCAGGUUGCGGUCCAGCCGACGAAGCCAGUUGCAAUUAACUAUUUUAGUGGACAGCCUUUCCAGGCAGUGUCAUCUCAAGGAUCCAGUUCUGGAAGUCAAACGAUUGUGGGAUCUGUCCCACUGUACACAAUUACCCAAGUCCCUAGUCAAUCUCAAUUCAGCGUUGAGGGUAUAAAGGAAAGUAUUGUUAGCUCGAACCAAGUUCCCAGCUUCCCUUCUAGAUUAAGUUAUAAUGUAGGUCAGUCUGGUCUUGGUGUAUCUUCCCUUCAGACUCCGAUCAUUCCAGUUCCAGGAUAUGAAAUUAAAACUGGUUCUAAUGGAUUUGUAGGGCUUGAGGAAUUCGGAGGUCCCAGAGAUCCACCUAGGUUCGAUGAUAAAACUGGAUACUAUUAUUGAACAGUGCCAUAGACUGGAUUUGUAAUAAAAAUGAAAAUGUAAAUGUACUGCUAGAAACUGUCAAAAUUAAUAUUCAAGUAUAAUAUUCAAGUAUAAUGAUUAUAGUACAAAAUGUCGAGAAAAUAUUGUGGUUAAGAAUCAUUUUACGCAAGAGUUUUUUUUUGGCAGUUUUUAGAAGAUCGUCAUAUUUAGUAAGUAAAAUGUGAAAUGUGAAACGUUGUUAUGAAAUUAAAUUAAGCAUUUAAAAUGUGAAAGACGCGUUAAAAUAAAUUAUUAAAUUGUAAAUAAUAA